CAAUCCCAGGGAAUCCACAAUCUUCCUAUGAUGACGAAGUUUUCUCAGGGCUUUCUUAGCUAGCACAGAGAGCCAGUGAGCGCCAGCCCCGCGUGGGGGGAUGUUGCCAGAUUAAACCCAGCGGCACAAUAGGCAGGGCAAAGUCCCACACCUUCCCAUCACUGCUGCCGACCGGAUCCCCGCGGCUGGGCUGGGAUCGCUUGUCCUGUGCUGAAUGCAUUACGUAAGGCAGGGAUCGUUUGUCAGCCGCGAUGGUACAAACAUAGCUGCAGGCAGAUUAUGCAGAGAGAGAGAGAGAGGAGGGAGAGGGAGGAAGGUCUCUCCCUCCAGGAACGGUGCUCCACGUAACUGAGGAUUGCAAGUUGGCAGGUUGGCUGCUGGCCGAGCUUCCGUGAGGGUGUUGCUGGCGGUCCCUGACAUGCUCUUGUUCGUGUGGGAUGCUUGAGACAGGGGUGAGAGACUAAGUUGGGGCACGAGGAUUGGCAUGAGGAUCGGAGCAAAAUGGAAGGGCUUCUGUCUCCGAUGAGAACGAAGAUGACGGAGGGCCGCAGAUGCCAAGUGCACCUUCUCGAUGACAGGAAGCUGGAGCUGCUCGUUCAGCCAAAGCUUUUGGCCAAGGAGUUGCUUGAUUUGGUGGCAUCUCAUUUCAACCUGAAGGAGAAGGAGUACUUUGGAAUUGCAUUCACAGAUGAAACGGGACACUUGAACUGGCUCCAGCUGGACCGCCGGGUGCUGGAACAUGACUUCCCCAAGAAGUCAGGACCGGUUGUUUUGUACUUUUGUGUCAGGUUCUACAUUGAAAGCAUCUCCUAUCUAAAGGACAAUGCCACCAUUGAGCUGUUUUUCUUGAACGCCAAGUCCUGCAUCUACAAGGAACUCAUUGAGGUUGACAGUGAAGUGGUGUUUGAACUGGCUGCAUACAUCUUGCAGGAGGCAAAGGGAGACUUUUCAAGCAAUGAAGUUGUAAGGAAUGAAUUAAAGAAGCUGCCAGCGCUUCCAACACCAGCACUGAAGGAGCAUCCCUCCCUUGCUUACUGUGAGGAUCGAGUCAUUGAACAUUACAAGAAACUAAAUGGACAGACAAGAGGUCAAGCAAUUGUGAACUACAUGAGCAUUGUAGAAUCCCUCCCAACGUAUGGAGUGCAUUAUUACGCAGUAAAGGACAAGCAGGGAAUUCCUUGGUGGUUAGGACUUAGCUACAAGGGGAUUUUUCAAUAUGACUACCAUGAUAAAGUGAAACCAAGAAAGAUCUUCCAAUGGAGGCAGCUGGAGAACCUCUAUUUCCGCGAGAAGAAGUUCUCUGUGGAGGUGCACGACCCGCGCAGGGCAUCUGUGACCAGGAGGACUUUUGGGCAUAGUGGCAUUGCUGUGCAUACGUGGUACGCCUGUCCAGCACUAAUAAAGUCUAUCUGGGCUAUGGCCAUUAGUCAACAUCAGUUCUACCUGGACAGAAAGCAAAGCAAGUCCAAGAUUCAUGCUGCAAGAAGCCUGAGCGAAAUUGCUAUUGACCUGACUGAAACUGGAACGCUCAAGACCUCAAAGCUGGCCAACAUGGGGAGUAAAGGCAAGAUUAUCAGUGGCAGCAGUGGGAGUCUUCUGUCAUCAGGCUCCCAAGAGUCAGACAGCUCUCAAUCUGCCAAGAAAGACAUGUUGGCUGCACUGAAAUCCAGGCAAGAAGCUUUGGAAGAGACACUGCGCCAGCGCUUGGAAGAGCUGAAGAAGCUCUGUCUCCGGGAAGCGGAGCUCACAGGAAAGCUGCCACGAGAAUACCCCCUGGAUCCUGGGGAGGAGCCGCCUAUUGUAAGGAGAAGAAUAGGAACUGCCUUUAAACUGGAUGAGCAGAAGAUCCUGCCUAAGGGAGAGGAGGCAGAGCUGGAGCGCCUGGAGAGGGAGUUUGCCAUUCAGUCCCAGAUCACGGAGGCUGCUCGGCGCCUGGCCAGUGACCCAAACGUCAGCAAGAAGCUGAAGAAGCAGAGGAAGACAUCCUACCUGAACGCACUGAAGAAGCUGCAGGAGAUCGAGAACGCCAUCAAUGAGUAUCGCAUCAAGUCUGGGAAGAAGCCAACCCAGAGAGCCUCCCUGAUCAUAGAUGAAGGAAACAUUGCCAGUGAAGACAGCUCCCUCUCAGACGCCCUUGUUCUCGAGGAUGAGGACUCUCAGGUCACCAGCACAAUCUCCCCUCUCCAGUCCCCACACAAAGGACUCCCUCCCCGGCCCCCCUUGCACAACAGGCCGCCCCCCCCGCAGUCACUGGAAGGCCUCCGCCAGAUGCAUUACCACCGCAACGACUACGACAAGUCCCCCAUCAAACCCAAGAUGUGGAGCGAGUCAUCCUUGGAUGAGCCCUAUGAGAAGGUCAAGAAGCGCUCCUCACACAGUCAUUCCAGCAGUCACAAGCGGUUCCCCAGUACCGGGAGCUGUGCUGAGGCAGGAGGGAGCAGCUCACUGCAGAACAGCCCCAUCCGGAGCCUUCCCCACUGGAAUUCCCAGUCCAGCAUGCCAUCGACGCCAGAUCUACGGGUACGCAGUCCGCACUACGUCCACUCCACGCGGUCAGUAGACAUCAGCCCAACCAGACUGCACAGCUUAGCUCAGCACUUUAGACACCGGAGCUCUAGUUUGGAGUCGCAAGGAAAGCUCCUCGGCUCUGAAAACGAGACAGGGAGCCCCGAUUUCUACACCCCAAGGACUCGUAGCAGUAAUGGCUCUGACCCCAUGGACGACUGCUCUUCCUGCACCAGCCAUUCCAGCUCUGAGCACUACUACCCCGCUCAGAUGAACCCCAACUACUCUACCCUGGCAGAGGAUUCCCCAUCAAAAGCCAGAGAGCGGCAGAGGCAAAGGCACAAAUCGGCAGGCAACUUGGUCUCUUCCAAUUCAGGGAGUAUGCCCAAUCUGGCUGCGAGGAACGGGACAGGACACCACCGUGUGUACCUGCACAGCCAGAGCCAACCCUCCUCCCAGUACAGGAUCAAAGAAUAUCCCCUGUACAUUGAGGGCAGCUCCACACCCGUGGUGGUGCGGAGCCUGGAGAACGACCAGGAGGGACACUACAGCGUGAAAGCACAAUUCAAAACCUCCAACUCCUACACGGCGGGGGGGAUGUUUAAGGAGAACUGGCAUGGGGAUGAAGUGGACUCUGUCAGGCUCACCCCUUCCCGCUCCCAAAUCAUAAGGACUCCAUCUCUGGGCAGGGAGGGUCACGAGAAAGGCUCGGGUAGGACUGCAGUGUCGGACGAGCUGCGGCUCUGGUACCAGAGGUCCACGGCCUCCCACAAGGAGCACAGCCGCCUCUCGCACACAAGCUCCACCUCCUCGGACAGCAGCUCCCAGUACAGCACAUCUUCACAAAGCACCUUUGUGGCGCACAGCCGGGUCACGAGAAUGCCUCAGAUGUGUAAAGCAACAUCAGCUGCCUUACCUCACAGCCAGAGGAGUUCGACACCGUCGAGUGAGCUAGCAGCCACGCCGCCGGGCAGCCCGCACCAUAUCCUCGCGUGGCAGACCGGGAGCUACAACGACAGUUGUUUCCUGGAUUCUCCCCUCUAUCCAGAAUUAGCAGAUGUCCAGUGGUAUGGGCAGGAAAAAGCCAAGCCUGGGACUCUAGUGUGAACCCCUGACCUCAAGUUAACCACAUCAAUGCCAUUCUGAGAUCACCUCACUGCCUCUCAUUUG